GCUCUGAGGACAUGACUUGUUGAACAACACAAUCCUGUGUGGAUUUUUAUGAAUGACCCCGUCAUUAAACUGAAUAAACAUUUCCAUAAUGUUGUCUUGUAAGCGGAUCCUGACCGGGACUGUGACCUCUGCUCUCCGGGUGCAUCGCAGUAGUAAAGUUGUUGUGUCUGGCCAUGUGCAGAGAUGUAUGUCCUCACAGACGGACGGAGAGGCCCGCAUCGCAAACGUGCUGAAGGAGAAGUUCCCUUUAGCAGCAUCGCUAAAAGUUGUGGAUAUAUCAGGGGGUUGUGGAGCCAUGUAUGAGAUCCAUAUAGAGUCCAAUGAGUUCAAAGGAAAAAGGACCAUCCAACAACACCAAUUAGUUAAUCAGGCACUCAAGGAGGAGAUUCAAGGAAUGCAUGGGCUGCGAAUAUUCACUGAUGUUCCAAAACAUUAGAAAAAGUCCUUCAGCUGUUGACCUUCUACUUUUUCCUUCGUUCCACCUAUGUAUUAUGCAUCUACAGUUUUAAAGAGGUUAGUUGUUAAUGUGUCAGUGGCAGAAAAGCAGAGGGACACUGUCUCAUUGUUUCUGGCAGUUACACAUUAACAGUGUGAAAUGUGAAUGAAAUCUAUGAUUACACUAAGUUAUCUUCUUUUUUUUUUUUUUAACUAGUGAGAUAUCAUCUACUCUGAGAUAGUACAUCAAACAGGUGAAAGCUGCAAUACGCACAAAAUGACUUGGUAAAAUCUUUUAAAAAUUUCAAGUCAUGUAGGUUUCUGCCCAAUUUGGGGUUUUCUCAGGGUUGAUAAUACUGGUAUAUUAAUUAGCAGUUGAGGAAGUAGUAAAAAUAAUCCCCCGAAUGUUGGAGAAUUACAACACGCAUUUGUUUUGCAUCAUUAUUUUUCAAUGUAACUGAUAUGUGAUCACAAUUUAUCUGUUACUGUUCAAUGAAAGUUGGUUGAUUUUAAAUCAAUUUGUAACCAUUGGAUUGUACAUGGACCUUGUAUUCAUUCCACCUAUGCAUUGAUAAUGCAAGUUGCAAUAAAAAGCUGCAGCUUUC